CCUGAGACUGCAGACCUCCGACUUAGGCAUCGCUGCAAGAUCCGGAGUACGCCCGAGGACCUCAGAAACCAUGCCGAAACCACACAGCGAAGCAGGGACUGCCUUCAUUCAGACCCAGCAGCUCCAUGCAGCCAUGGCUAAUACCUUCCUGGAACAUAUGUGCCGCCUGGACAUUGACUCCGCACCCAUCACCGCCUGCAACACUGGCAUCAUUUGUACCAUUGGUCCUGCCUCCCGGUCUGUGGAGAUGCUGAAGGAGAUGAUCAAGUCUGGAAUGAAUGUGGCUCAUCUGAAUUUCUCUCAUGGAACUAAUGAGUAUCACGCAGAAACUAUCAAGAAUGUGCCAACAGCCACAGAAAGCUUUACAUCUGAUCCCAUCCUCUACCGGCCUGUUGCUGUGGCUCUGGACACAAAGGGACCUGAGAUCAGAACUGGACUCAUCAAAGGCAGCGGCACUGCAGAAGUGGAGCUGAAGAAGGGAGCCACCCUGAAGAUCACCCUGGACAACGCCUACUUGGAGAAGUGUGAUGAGAACAUCCUGUGGCUGGACUAUAAGAACAUUUGUAGGGUGGUGGAGGUGGGCAGCAAGAUCUACGUGGAUGACAGGCUCAUUUCACUGCAGGUGAAGGAGAGUGCUGACUACCUGGUGACAGAGGUGGAGAACGGUGGGUCCUUGGGCAGCAAGAAGGGGGUGAACCUCCCCAGAGCUGCUGUGGAUCUCCCUGCUGUCAGAAAAGGACAUCCAGGACUGAAGUUUGGAGUGGAGCAGGAUGUAGACAUGGUGUUUGCCUCUUUCAUCUGCAAGGCAGCCGAUGUGCAUGAGGUUAGGAAGGUCCUGGGAGAGAAGGGCAAGAACAUCAAGAUCAUCAGGAAAAUUGAGAACCAUGAAGGCGUCCGCAGGUUUGAUGAGAUUUUGGAGGCCAGUGAUGGGAUCAUGGUGGCUCGUGGUGACCUGGGCAUUGAGAUUCCUGCAGAGAAGGUCUUCUUGGCUCAGAAGAUGAUGAUUGGACGAUGCAACCGAGCUGGUAAGCCUAUCAUCUGUGCUACUCAGAUGCUGGAGAGCAUGAUCAAGAAACCUCGCCCCACCCGUGCUGAGGGCAGUGAUGUGGCCAAUGCAGUCCUAGAUGGAGCUGAUUGCAUCAUGCUGUCAGGAGAAACAGCCAAGGGGAACUACCGUCUGGAAGCUGUCCGCAUGCAGCACCUGAUUGCCCGUGAGGCAGAGGCCGCCAUCUACCACUUGCAGUUAUUUGAGGAGCUUCGCCAUCUGGCACCUAUUACCAACGACCCCACAGAAGCUGCCACCGUAGGUGCCGUGGAGACCUCUUUCAAGUGUUGCAGUGGGGCCAUUAUCGUCCUCACCAAAUCUGGCAGGAGUGCUCACCAGGUGGCCAGGUACCGCCCAUGUGCUCCCAUCAUUGCUGUGACUCGAAAUCCCCAGACAGCUCGUCAGGCCCAUCUGUACCGUGGCAUCUUCCCUGUGCUGUGUAAAGAUGCGGUACAGGAUGCCUGGGCUGAGGAUGUAGACCUCCGUGUGAAUUUGGCCAUGAAUGUUGGCAAGGCCCGAGGCUUCUUCAAGAAGGGGGAUGUGGUCAUUGUGCUGACUGGGUGGCGCCCUGGCUCUGGCUUCACCAACACCAUGCAUGUCGUGCCUGUGCCUUGAUGGCCCUCUGGAGCCCCUCUUCUAGCCCCUGCCCCAUCCCCUCCCCCAUCCCAUCCAUUAGGCCAGCAAUGCUCUA